GGCUCAUUUUCAGCUAUCCUGAAAGGCAGCAAGUCCCAGAGCUGCUACAGAGAGACCAGACUCAGGUGCAGAAGGACCAGGAAAAUGUGGAUGCUCCCUCUUUGGCUCUGGAUUCUCUUCCCAGGCUGUGUGGCAGUGACAGGCCCCCAGACGGUGACAGGCCCUGAAGGUGGCUCGGUGUCCGUGACAUGCUGGUACAACUGGGGCUAUGAGAUGAAUGGGAAGUUCUGGUGUAGAAAAAGAUCUUCUGUCCACUGUUCUGAUGGGUUCAUCAUACGGACCAGUGGGCCAGAGGCCAAAGUGCAAAAGGGCCGCUUCUCCAUCCAGGACAACCACAGCCUGCGUGUGUUCACAGUUACCAUGGAGAACCUGACUGAGACGGAUGCUGGCACCUACCACUGCGGAGUGGUGAUUACUUUAUGGAGUGGUCCUAGGCACGCUGUGGAGGUGAUCGUGUCCCCAGUGCUUCCGACCUCAAUGCCAUCAACCAUGGAGCCCCCAGCUUCUACUGAGUCCACAACACCCAUUUUUACCUGGAGUAUUUCUACAGAGGACAAAGCCAGUAUGCCCCCUACUGUGCACAGCAUGGGCCUAAGCUCCCAGGCCAGCAACAUCCACCUCCUGCUCCUGGUCGGCCUGAAGCUGCCCGUCUUCCUGUGCAUGGUCUGCGCUGUGGUGUGGGUGAGCGUGCGCUACAGGGGCAGCUCCAACGACUAGACGCCACAGACACGGUGAGAGCCUCCGGCAUCCACCCCGUGGGCCCACACACUGCAUCGGCCUGUUCUGCACUCCCAGGGGCUCAAUCACGGCAACACCGGGAUCACACACUGCAGGGCAGCAAGGUGUUGUGCUUCCCUUGAAUCCUCCCCGGAGGGAAAGUGGCUGCUCCAGUGACACUGUCCUUUCUUCCUGGGCCCCACAGUGGUCCAGGGGUAACUGUGAAGUGAUCCCUACUGGGGCUCUGCCCAGUGGACCAUGCACCCAGUGUGGAUUGAGUACUGCUAUCCUGCCAGGUGUACGGUGGGAGCUGGAGCCAGUGCUUCACCCACUCCCAACCCUGUUUCUGGUCUGUCACUGAGGAAUAUGGCAGCUUUCUUGAGGCCGCCACCUCUGCUGCAGGGCUACAUGUGACAAAGCCUUCACCCUCUACACUUCUGGCCCACAUUUCCUAGCCAUGGUUUGGGCCAAAGUGAUGUGUAUUAGAGCUGGCCCAUUCCCUCCAGUUACCCCGGUCUCUCUCCGGUCUGUUACAGCUCAUGACCGGCCUCCUUUGUAGACCGGGGAAGGACUGGGACCACCACAAUGAUGACAUCUCCCUCCCUCUUCCCUAUGUUCAAAAUACCUUAAUGACUUCAAUAAAGUGCUC